CCGAGGUCCUGGUGCCAAUGUUCAGGACAGCAGCGGGUACACGGCGCUCCACCAUGCUGCCCUCAAUGGUCAUAAAACAAGGGAGGGGAGACAGCUCUGCACUGCGCGGCGCAGUAUGGCCACACCGAGGCGGCACAGAUGUUGCUGGCUCGAGGGGGUGACCCUAGCGUGCCCAACAUGCAAGCGGAGACUGCGCUUGAUCUAGCGGCGCAGUAUGGCCGACUGCACACCGUGGAGGUGCUGGUGCGGGCGCAGCCGGAGCUCCUGCGGCCGUACACGGUGGCCGCAGCCACUGCUGCAGUCUUCCCGCACACGCCCCUGCAUCGUGCUUCCAGGAACGGUCACAGGGAGGUGGUGAAGUUACUGCUAGCGCACGGCCAUCAUGUUAAUGUACGGACGGGCCAGGGUGCUCCCCUGCAUGAGGCCGCCCUCUGUGGCAAGGUGGAGGUAGUGAAGGUACUGCUGGAGGCUGGUGCUGACCCCGAGGUGAGGGAUGACUGUGGUCAUACUGUGCUUGACACCAUCGCCCUCAUCAACACGCCCAUCACUCAGGAGAUCACCACUCUCAUCAAGUGCCACAACCAGCUCAUCAACUUGGAGGAAGACGAGGGUGAGGAAGGUGCUGGUGAGCCGCCCUCGUGGCCGCCGCCCAUCUGGCCGCCUCCGCCGCCCUCCCUGCCGCCCAUCCCCACGCCCUCGGAACUGGGCUCGCCUUACGAGAAUGUCCUCAUCCCCAUCAUCCUCCACCCAGAGCACGCAGAUGGAGAGAGCAUGUGUAGGUUAUCAGAGAACAGAGCCAGCAGCCGCGCAUCAGACAGAGAGAGUCGGGCUUCCGAUAGAGAGAGCAGGGCUUCGGACAGGGAGAGCCGAGCUUCAGACAGGGAGAGUCGAACGUCGGACCGUGAGAGCCGGAUAUCGGACCGUGACGGGCGAACGUCGGUGGCUAGCCGUGUGUCAGAGGCGACGUCGGACUGGUCCAUCUAUGACGUGCCGCCUCCACCCAAGACAGUGAGUGGCAGUGACAGAGGCUCCCUCUCCUAUCGCAGCCAGACGUCUGAAUGUGGUGACGACGAUGGUCUCUACGAGGUGCCUCCUCCACCUCGCUCCUGCCGCAGCUCUUCUGCCUCGCUCAGGCCCUCUAGGGACUCCCGCCACCUGCGGCCCUCCUCUGACGAGCUCCUGCCGCAGGGGGCGUCCGUGGCCGCAGCCGCCACCAGCCCCGGCAGCACCUCCUCCAGCAGCGCCACCGUCACCAGGCGCACCGCUGCCCCUGCUGGCUCUGACUCCUCCAGCAGUAAGGUAGUAGAACCGUUGCCGCCGCCCAAGCCACCCCGGCGGUCAAUGUGCCCACCCUCCCCGACCCCGGACGCUGAUCAAGAAGCGCCCACCUACGAAACUAUUUACUUUAAGGGUCAAGACCAGUCUGACUACGAGAAUGUGGACGUGCAGCAGCAGCAGCAGCAGCAACAACAACAACAACAGCAUGGUCGAUCACGGUACAGCCAAUCUCACGAUAGUUCUGACUCCGACGAAGAGACUCAUCGUCCCAUGCACGUCCUGCACGCCCACUCCAACAGGAUGUACAGCACUAUAUCGUUCAAGCCUGUGAAGAGUCGCCGCACCUCCAAGCUGAAGGACCCUCACGUUUACGAGAACACUAUCCACCGCUACGAGAACCUUAAGGAACGCUACCAGACUUUCAGAGAGAAGAAGGAUCAUCACCUGCACAACGAGAAUAUCUUCCCGCAGCCACGGCAGGACAAUAUGCGGGAGCACCGCAACGAGAGCCUGCGGGACCGCAACGAAAACCUGCGGGACAAGAUUGCCCUGACGUUGCCUAGGCGGCCGAGAGCUUCGUCAGCGUACGCUAAGAUUGGCUCCAGACUGGACUCUUCCGACGACUCUGAUGGUGAGCAGAGGCCCAGGUCCUUGGAGUUCCGCGAUAGCAAACCCAAGAUGAAGCAGCAGCCCCUGAGCCCCACCCACUACCAGCAGCCGCCCACGCCAGACCACCCGCCGCCCUCAGCACGCCAGGCACAGAUCUCCAUCCACGCCAAGAUGCAGUGCGUCUCCCGCCCACCCGUGAGUACCCGUCCACUCACUCUGCACCCCCACAUGUCUACCCCAACCAUCCUGGUGUUCACUGUUGCUUCUUGUGUCGUAUUAAUGUAAGUUGCUGCACAUCUU